CAGUAUCAAAGUGCUCUGUUUUGGGCAGACAAGGUAGCUUCACUGUCUCAUGAGGAACCACAAGAUAUCUACUGGUUGGCCCAAUGUCUUUAUUUAACAGCUCAGUAUCAUAGGGCAGCACAUGCCCUUCGAUCGCGUAAAUUGGAUAAGUUAUAUGAAGCGUGUCGCUACCUUGCAGCUAGAUGUCAUUAUGCUGCAAAAGAACAUCAACAGGCCCUGGAUAUUCUUGAUAUGGAAGAGCCAAUCAACAAAAGACUUUUUGAGAAGUACUUGAAGGAUGAAAGUGGAUUGAAAGACUCUACCACAGACUGGGAGAUGUCACAAUCCUCUAUCAAGAGCUCUAUAUGCCUUUUGCGAGGGAAGAUCUAUGAUGCUUUGGAUAAUAGAACCCUAGCAACAUACAGCUACAAAGAGGCCUUGAAGCUUGAUGUUUACUGCUUUGAAGCAUUUGAUCUUCUAACAUCGCACCAUAUGCUGACGGCACAAGAAGAAAAAGAACUUCUUGAAUCUCUACCUCUUAGUAGACAAUGUACAGAAGAAGAACAAGAAUUGCUUCACUUUUUAUUUGAGAACAAAUUGAAAAAGUAUAAUAAACCCAGUGAAACACUGAUUCCUGAAUCAGUAGAUGGUCUUCAGGAAAAUCUGGAUGUGGUAGUAUCCUUAGCUGAAAGACAUUAUUAUAACUGUGAUUUCAAAAUGUGCUACAAGCUUACUUCAGUAGUGAUGGAAAAAGAUCCUUUCCAUGCAAAUUGUUUACCUGUGCAUAUAGGGACACUUGUGGAGCUUAAUAAAGCUAAUGAGCUAUUCUAUCUUUCUCACAAACUGGUGGACUUGUAUCCAAAUAAUCCUGUGUCAUGGUUUGCAGUAGGAUGCUACUAUCUCAUGGUUGGCCACAAAAAUGAACAUGCCAGAAGGUAUCUCAGCAAAGCUACUACACUUGAGAGAACCUAUGGACCUGCAUGGAUAGCAUAUGGACAUUCAUUUGCAGUUGAGAGUGAGCACGACCAAGCAAUGGCUGCGUACUUUACAGCUGCACAGCUCAUGAAAGGGUGUCAUUUGCCGAUGCUCUAUAUUGGACUGGAAUAUGGUUUGACCAACAACUCAAAGUUAGCUGAAAGGUUUUUCAGCCAAGCUUUAAGCAUUGCACCUGAAGAUCCUUUUGUUAUGCAUGAAGUUGGAGUGGUUGCAUUUCAAAAUGGAGACUGGAAAACUGCAGAGAAGUGGUUUCUUGAUGCACUGGAAAAAAUCAAAGCUAUUGGAAAUGAGGUAACAGUUGAUAAGUGGGAGCCUUUAUUGAACAACUUAGGACACGUCUGCAGAAAACUCAAGAAAUAUGAAGAAGCACUGGAAUACCAUCGCCAGGCUCUAGUAUUAAUUCCUCAAAAUGCUUCUACUUACUCUGCCAUUGGCUACAUCCAUAGUCUGAUGGGCAACUUUGAAAGUGCAAUCGACUAUUUUCAUACGGCCCUUGGUCUUAGGAGGGAUGACACAUUUUCAGUCACGAUGCUUGGACAUUGCAUAGAAAUGUAUAUUGGUGAUUCUGAAGCCUACAUUGGAACAGAGAUCAAAGACAAAUUAAGAUGUUAUGACUUUGAUGUACACACUAUGAAGACAUUAAAGAACAUAAUUUCACCUCCCUGGGAUUUCAGAGAAUUCGACAUAGAAAGACAAACUCUGGAUGAAAGUGGCAUAGUAACAUUAGAGGCCUCACAUCAAAGGAAAAGCACAGAUACCAGUCGCCCACUGGAAGAAACAUUUGAGAUUGAAAUGAAUGAAAGUGAUAUGAUGUUAGAAACAUCAAUGUCAGACCAUAGCACGUGACCAUAAAUGCUGGUAGAGAACUCAUUUUGUCUAAGUGUAAUAUGUUUGGUUUAGCAUUUUUGUUAUGGUGUUAUACUUUCAAGAAUUUGCUAUUUUUAUAUGAAUUCAAACUAAUACUAUGUCCUUAACACCGGAGAAAUAAUGCUUGCCUUAAGGAUGAUUUAAAACAUGACGGACUGUUUCUACAAAAUUAAUCAUACGUGAUGAAGUAAAAAAAUAAAUUCACUUUUUUUUUUUAAA